GGAAAGGACAGAGUAGUAGUAUUAAAACAAGUGUCUCUAUAGCUAUUACUUCUAUUUAUCAAUCUGUUUUUGGUAGUAAAACAAAAUAUGCAGGACUAUCUUAUUUGGAUACAAACCAACCUGAAACGAUUCAAAAAUUAUUAGAAGGAAUUAUAUUUUUUUCUUUUAUUGUUGAAUUAGAAAAUAUUACAGUUUUUAUUAGUUGUCUCAGUAAAAUUACAAUAUCAAAUUCAGAUAAAGAUAGUCAUAAUUAUGCAGCAUCAUUGUUUCAUAAAUAUAGAAAAGUACAAUCAGUUUUUUAUCAACAUGUUG